AUGGACACCCAGGAUCAGACAUGUUCUGCGGGAACAGGGCUGCUGUCAAGGCUGUCCCGCAUGAGGCACUGGGGGAGGAGCAGUGUCGGCCCCGUGGAGUCCAGUUCCGGCAGCCAGAGGACAGAGGGCGACAUGAGGAGCAGGAGCAGCCGCUGGCCUCUUGCUGCACACAACACAAACAACUGCAACAACAAGGAUGACAAAAAAGAUGAGAAGAAGGAUGAGAAGAAGGAUGAGAAGAAAGACGACAAGAAAGACGACAAGAAAGACGACAAGAAGAAGGAAGAGCCAAAGAAGGAGGUUUGGAUCAUGGACCCUGCCACAGAUAUUUACUACUACUGGCUGAGCCUGAUCUCCAUCCCAGUGUUCUACAACCUGAUGCUGCUGGUGGCCAGGUCUUGUUUUAAUGAACUUCAGUCUGCUAACACAACUCUGUGGUUGGUCUUGGACUACGGCUCAGACGUCCUGUACUUAGCCGACACGUUUGUGAGAUCCAGAACAGGUUUUCUGGAGCAAGGCCUGCUCGUAAGGGACGAAAAGAUCCUGAAAGAGAAGUACAUAAAGACACGGCAGUUCAGAUUAGAUGUAAUGUCGUUAAUUCCCACUGAUUUUAUUUUCCUGAAAAUUGGACUUGACAACCCCGAGUGGAGAUUCAACCGUCUGUUUCGGUUGGCCCGACUCUUUGAGUUCUUCGAUCGGACUGAGACGCGAACCAACUUCCCCAACAUAUUCCGUAUUGGCAAUCUUGUGCUGUACAUCAUCAUCAUCAUCCACUGGAACGCUUGCCUCUACUUUGCCUUCUCCAAGGUGCUCGGCUUUGGCUCAGACACCUGGGUGUAUCCAUCCCUGGAGAGACCAGAGUUUGGACGUCUGGCCCGACAGUACGUCUACUGCUUUUACUGGUCCACUCUUACGUUGACCACUAUUGGCGAGACGCCACCCCCAGUCCGAGAUGUCGAAUACUUCUUUGUAGUGUGUGACUUCCUCACUGGGGUUCUGAUCUUUGCCACCAUUGUAGGAAAUGUCGGUGCUAUGAUUUCUAACAUGAACGCCGCACGUGUAGAGUUCCAGGCUAAGAUUGACUCCAUCAAGCAGUACAUGCAGUUCCGGAAGGUCACUAAGGAGCUGGAGGUGAGGGUGGUGAAGUGGUUUGACUACCUGUGGACAGAGGAGAAAACUUGUGAUGAAAAGCAAGUGCUGAAGAACCUGCCGGACAAGCUGAAGGCGGAGAUAGCCAUCAACGUGCAUCUGGAGACCCUACAAAAAGUGCGCAUCUUUCAGGACUGUGAAGCAGGGUUGCUUAUCGAGCUGGUCCUCAAGCUUCAGCCUCAGGUUUUCAGUCCCGGUGAUUUCAUCUGUAAGAAGGGGGACAUUGGCAGGGAAAUGUACAUCAUCAAAGAAGGAAAACUGGCCGUGGUAGCAGACGACGGGGUUACCCAGUUCGUGGUUCUCAGUGACGGGGCAUACUUUGGAGAAAUUAGCAUUUUAGGGAUCAAGGGCAGUAAGGCGGGAAACCGAAGAACCGCCAACAUCCGAAGUGUGGGCUACUCGGAUUUGUUCGCCCUGUCCAAAGACGAUCUGAUGGAGGCGCUCACCGAGUACCCUGAUGCUAAAAACGCCCUCGAGGAAAAGGGCAGGUCCAUCCUGAUGAAGGAUAAUCUCAUCGACGAGUCACUGGUCACUGCUUCUGAUGCCAAAGACUUGGAGGACAAAGUCAACAAGAUCGAAUCCACUAUGGACGUCAUGAGCGUCAAAUUCCGAAAGCUGUCAGACCAGUAUGAUUCCUCCCAGCGUAAACUCAAACAGCGGCUCAGUAAUAUUUCAAACCAGGUCCGAACCCUCAGGAUAGACGAGUAGAGCUCGGCGGGACUCCUUCCAUUUUCUUCCAGGGUCAUCAAAGGAAGGACACCUCAUACCCACCAUUCAUCAUUGGAUUAAUUUUGUACAUAAGUAAAUUAUACUUUAUAGUACCGGGUAACAAAAAAUAUCAAAUAAGGUAUUGUUCUGAUCUCAGAACAUAAAUUUGUCAUUUGAUUUGCACUGGCGAUAAAUGUUUAAAAAAAAAUUCAGGUAUGUAUUCAUGUGAGCAUAUAAAGCAAUCUGUUACAUAACCAGUACUUUCAGCACCACUUUGCCUAGAUUGGUCAUAAAAUGCAGUUCUCUUCAGCGCACCUGUUCCAAGUUUGACAAGAACGCUGUAAAAAAUGUUCAACCAUGAAAAAUGUAUUGUGCAUUCAGUUUGUCCUAUUUGUAGCAUGGAUUUUUAAAAGUGACACUUUUAAAUAAGAGCAUAAGAUGGGUCUGUUUUUCAAGACCAGUUUGAAAUGAAUAGACAUUCUAGAGACUCAGCUUGUAACUACAUUUUCAAUUGAUCAUA